CCGCGUUGAACUGGUUGACGUAUCAUUGAAUACAUUCUGCUAAACAGAUCAUCACAUCUUUUUGUUAAAUAUAAAGUCCUAUAAAAGAAAUUUUGUAUUCAUUUCAAAACAGUAGACUUGGAAGUUGUACAAGAAGCGAUUGUGUUUAUUAUUUAUUUCUAUAGGCCACUAGUGUUAUAGUAAAAUGGGACUGACAAUAUCGAGUGUUUUCACAAGACUUUUCGGCAAGAAACAAAUGCGUAUUUUAAUGGUUGGUUUAGAUGCCGCCGGUAAAACUACAAUACUUUACAAGUUAAAGCUUGGCGAGAUUGUCACUACUAUUCCGACUAUCGGCUUCAAUGUCGAAACGGUGGAAUACAAAAACAUCAGUUUCACGGUUUGGGACGUUGGUGGUCAAGAUAAAAUUAGACCUCUAUGGCGUCAUUAUUACCAAAACACACAAGGACUUAUAUUUGUAGUAGAUUCAAGUGAUACAAAGAGAAUCGUUGAGGCUGAAAAUGAACUGGCUAACAUGCUUAAAGAAGAUGAAUUGAAAGAUGCUGUUAUCUUGGUCUUUGCUAAUAAACAGGAUAUGCCUAAUGCAAUGACAGCUGCUGAAUUAACAAAUGCUCUUAAUUUAAACAACCUUAGAAACCGCCGUUGGUAUAUUCAAGCGACUUGUGCAACACAAGGCCAAGGUCUCUAUGAGGGAUUAGACUGGCUCUCCAAUGAACUUGCAAAGAAGUGAGUCCUCAUCCUAACCAGUCACUGGGAACAAAAGUGACAUUCCCUAAAUGACUGAAAUCUUUCCAUAAUGAGAAUGCAGAUCCAUUAAAACUGGAUACAAAAGACUACUAUUAUAUCUAAAUAUGUUUAAAUGGUCUUUUUCCACUGAAUAUUGUUAACCUUUGUCUUUGUAAUUGCAUUUUACACAUUAUAUUCUGAUAAUGAAAUUGUAUCUUAAGUUAAUUAAUGUAAUCAAGGAUUUAUAACCUUUUAAAAUUUCAAUAUAUAAAGUUAUGUAUAAUGGAUGUUCUUUAUAACCAAUAUAUAAAAAAAAUUAAAUGUAGCAUCUAAUUGUUUUUAUUUAUCUGUUCAACAUUAAAAGUUUUUCCUUGUUUUUCUUAUCAUUUGAUAAUUUCAAUAAGUUUUGUUGGCAUGUGGAAAAAGGCCCACAUUUUAUUUAAGUGUAAUUUUCAAGUAAAGUUUCUUAUAUUAGUGGUUUCAUUGAGUUUGGAUUAAUUUUUAGUGAUUAUAUUCUAAGUAUCUUAUGAAUGUUAUUUUAACAUACAAGGAAACAGCCAUUAAUAAAAACAUUCAUCGGAAAAUUAUUUUUAACAUUUAAUCAGUAAUUAGGUUUGCUUAUGAAAUUAUACCUUUCAUUGUCAUCUUAACACUUUUAAAUUGAUCCUAAAACCGAUUAGAAUCAAUAGUGUUAUUUAGUUUAUAUUUGUGUACACCAAAUAGCUUUACUCAUUGUGCUCCGUGGAACUCUGAGAUUCUGCAAAGACCAAAAGUAGUUACUUAAACUAAAUACUUAUGGAUAGGAUGCGAUGAUGGCUUAUCAACUUUUAUAUCAAUUGGUGUCUGAUUCUAGCCAGUAAAAUAAUCAAAUCUAAAAUCCAGGGUUCUACUUGCUGUAUUCAUUCUGUACUCAAAAAAGUUUGAGAAUCACUGUUGUACACAAUCCAAAUAACUGCUUUUUCAUUGUAUCAUACUUCAUGUUCUAUAGUUUCUGGUUCUUUGACAUAAUAUUGCAUAAAAUAGUGUAUAAUUAGUUAUUACUUAUUUGUUUUAUUUUAUCUUGUUCCAACACUACGUCUUUCAUGUGUGGUUUCAUUAUAAUAGUGUUUUGGGGUUUAUUACGCUAUUUUACAUUUAUAAACAGAGUGUUGACAAUAUAUAACUUUUCAUUAUGCAUAUUUGAGAAUAGUUUAUUUUGUUGGCUAUGUGUUCUAAGUAACAUUUACUUAUAUAAAAACAUUAACAUGCACAAUUAUAAAACACUACAAUAUGUUAAGUUUUCGCUUCUUUUUUUUUAAAAUGAAUGUAUAUAUUGUCAAAUGACCUUUCGGCCAAAUAAUUUAUUGGUAUUAUGUAAUGUGAUUAUGCGAGUCCUGCUUGUAAAACUCCUAUUACACAUAUUGGAGAUGCAUUGAAUGGUAAAUAAAAUGCUAGGUGUAAA